GUGACGUGGCUGUGCCCGGCGAGAUAAGCGGAGAGAGAUGGCACAUGCAUCGUGUGUGCAUGCAAGUAAGAGGCCAUGUUCAUGGUGGGAGCCAUCUCUGCUUGCACGUUCAAAAGAUUAUAGAGGAACAAAAUAAAAGUCCACGCGCUGAUCAUAGGAGGCGCAAAACAUCAGAUUUACAGUGGGCUCCACACAGCGGAUCAAAACCUGCUCAGUUCCAGCUGGGUAGUGUAGCUGUCACCGGGAUGAAGUCUGGCAAGAUAAGUGUUAACCGGUUAAGGAAGGGUACUGAUGGACACACAAAAUCCAUGACGCAAUUUAACGCGUCGGUGGUGUUUAAUUUUGACUCUUGUGGUGUUAGAACAGCGAGGCUCUGUGCGGACAGAUUUGGAUGCGUCCAGGUUAUUGAGUCGACAAGUUCCGAGAAGGACUUCCGGGAGCUCCUCCUCAGUGUUGCCCUACACAAGUUUUUGAGACAGCAAAUUGUUCAGGUAUCCAAGAACAAGACUGACCACUCCUCUGGCAACAGUGGAAGAUCCGACAUCAAUGUCAAGCUGAAAUCACACUCUAAAGGUUAG